AUGCCAAUAGCUCUGCGUGAAGAUUGUCCCGAGGUAUUGAAACGGAUUUAUCACGAUUACGGUUUAAAACAUGUGUGCUUGAUAUCAAUCCUUAUCAUAUAUCAAUUUAUUGGCGCUGGUGUAUUUUAUUUUUGCGAAGCUGGUUUUGACGAAUCAAAGGAGAAGAUCUGGAACAUCAGAAUAGCAGAGAACCGAACAAAGUUCGUCUUCGAUAUUAUACCACUGAUGUUCAACAACACCGACUACUUAUUCUUUCUGACACAAGAGCAGACAGAUGAGGUAUCUGCCAAACUACAUGCCGAAGUGAGACGCUAUGAGAAACAGCUUGGCAUAAGGUACACGGAUCAAAAGAUCAAGUGGGACUUCUGGAACGCAUGCUUUAUGCUCAGGGUGACCGAUGAUUCCAUGUACUGCAUCGCGGCCCUUUCAAUUUUCAAUUACUUAAGACAUUCAUUUCAGACCAUUUGCACAACAAUUGGAUACGGUCAUCUUUAUCCUUCCACUGUGUCCGGCCGAGUGUUCACAAUGAUCUACGCUAUCUUCGGCAUUCCACUUGUCCUGUCGAUUCUUGAUGAUUUAGGAAACACUGCGAACUCGAUGUUUGAAAACACCAUGAGUGUGGUGAUCAAAUGCAGGUUGUCGACGGAUGUUUCGGACUGCACGAAGAAACGAUGGACCGAGUACCAAAAUGGAGCGAACGUAGAAGAGGUGGUACGGAUGCAGGCAGUUGAAUUGGAGGCUGAC